AUGGCCGAUGGCACCUCCUUGGAGGUCCACCUUGCUGCGUCCGCAACCCUCAUCCCUGGCGGCAGCCUCGCCAUUAGUGAUGUGCAGCAGGUGCUGGUCGACGCACUGGCGCCCGCCUACUUUAACGGCUCCAUCGCGGUCAACGCCUGUAGCGGAAGCUGCAGCCCGGCGGCCCCCAAUGUCGUCCUCAUGGCCCCGGCGGUUGCCACCAAGGCUUGUAAUGCCAAUGAGGAGCUCGACAUUACCCUGGACGCACGCCUGUCCACUGACCCAUCAGGCCGCCCGUUAAAGAGCUUCAGAUGGGCCUACACGUCUGCUGUGAAUGACACCAGGCUGGAUGCAGUUAUUGCUGCUGUCAACGCACAAACCACGGCCAUCAACCAAGCCAAGCUGGAGAUUGCCUCUGCCGACUUGGCCGCCAUCGCCGUCGGCAACUACACCUUCAAUGUCACUGCCACCAAUUUCCUUAAUGUGUCGGCCUGGGCCACGCGUCGCGUCAUUGUGGCCGCUGCCGGGGCCGCCCCUGUCAUCAGCAUCGUGGGGCCAUUGGUGCAGGAAUAUCAGAUCAGCGAGGGCUUUAAGGUUUCAACCACUUUGGUCCCGGAAUCCGUCUGUUCCGGCAGCUCGGUGGUCUACGAGUGGACCUCAGCCGACGCCACGCCCUGGUCGGCCAUCCCUGUCGGCUACAACCGCAAGACCCUGCUCGUGCCCGGCCCCAUCCGUGGUGCCAUUGACGGCCAGGUCAACACCAUCAAGCUGCGCGCCUACAUCUCUGGCAACGCGGGCGCGGCAUCUGAGGCCACCGUGCAGCUCAAGGCGCUCGGCGCACCACUUGCUGCUCGCCUGCGCGGCCCCACCGGCGACUUCAAAUCCACGGCCACCAUCGUCCUGAACGCGACCGACUCAUUUGACCCCGAUGACCGAUUCAACCAGAACCCCUUCGUCUUCCAGUUUGACUGCGCACGCGACGACGAUCGCCCUUGCUUCGGGACUGCCGGGCGCGGCAACGUGCAGGGCGGUGUCUGGACGAUCCCGGGCGGCGCGCUGACCGUGGAUCACAACCACACCUUCACUGUCACCGUCAGCAAAGCGGCGUUUGCAGCGGCAUCUGUUGAGUGGACCAGUGACCAAGUCACUCUUACAGGCCUCAGCGUCUCAGCCUUGGACCUGACCAUCCCCGCCACGCUGCUGCCACGCGGCGGCUGGGUGACCGUUGCUGCCAAGCUCAUGCUGUCUGGCCAGACGGGCGUUGCAACCAUCUCUGUGCCCCUCAACAGCGCCCCCUACUGUGCCGGUGCGGCUUCCACCAGCUGCCUGGUACUGGACACCAAGAGCGACACGUUCCCUGGCGCUGAGUUUGUUGUUUCGGCCUCCACCUUCGCCGACGACGGUGGCACCUCUGGUCUCACCUAUGAAUUUGGUGUUGUGAUCAACGGCCAGCCAUCGCCGCUGCUCAUCGACCUCGCAUCUACCUUCAAGUUUUCCAACCUGGCUCGCGGUGCAAGCACCCUGUACGUCCGCGCCGUUGACGGGCAGGGCGCUGCAAUCACGGUCACGCGUGCCGUAAUCGUCAGGGACCCGCCAGCAGGCUUCAAUGCCAGCGCCACCAUCGCCAGCAUUGAUGUGACGCGUGCGGCGGCCACCGGUGACCCUGCUGCCCUCAACCAGGCAGCCAUGGCGAUUGCGUCACUUGCACAGUAUGGGUUUUCAUCUGCUGGCAAUCUAACCGUGACGGCCGAAUUCACCACGGGCGUCGACACUAAGGCUGGCGCGGUGCUAGCUGCAAGCAGCAGGGCGCUUGAUGCCAAAGACCCCGAGUCGGCGCGCACCACGGCUGCAAGCGCCGCAGGCGUGGUCAAGGCGGCAGUGCUCAACAUUGGCAAAAACCUUGUCCUGUCUGCCAAGGUUGCUGCCAAGCCCAUCUCGCCGGCUGUCGCCUCGAACGCCGUGCUUUUGCUUCAAAACGGGGCCAGCAAGAGCAGCACUGUCAACCGCGGUCAACAGCAGCGGCGCUCGCUGCUGCAAGCCGACGCUUCAGCUGCACAAGCAGCCGCAUCAGCGCUCGGUAAUGUCACCUCGGCUGUCAACGACAUGGCGGACAUGCUCGCCCUUGGGGCUACGCCCGCAGACGGCUAUCUCGCUGCUGGCGACGCUGGCGCGUGGGUUAGCGCCGCCAAUACUGUUGGCCGCGCGCUCAAUGCGCUGCCGCUGCAGGUUGGCUCGACAGCAGCCGGCGUAACCUCAGCGAUUGACAAGGCAACAAACGCACAGCUGCAGUUUUACGGGCAGUUUGUGGGUUUCUGCAGCACUGUGGACGACAGCGGCGUGGAAACCGAACAGCCCUGCCCCGCGGGUCCUGUCACUGUCGGCGCACAGUUUUAUGAGGACGCGGCGCUCUUCGCCGAUGUCCGAACGGCCGCUGGCCUGCCACUGAUCGCCAACGCUAGCAGCUUGGCCGGCCUCGCGCCUGCAUCUGGCGUGGUGGUGCUGGCCGUGUCUGGCUCCAACAACCUUGAUGCGUCGUUGCCCUGUUCUGGCGCAUGCGGUGUACGGAUUCAGCUGCCGCUGACGGGCACUGCAGCCGAAGUCGCCUCAACUGCUGCGGCUGCAGCCAACCCUGCCGCCAGCCGCCGGCGCCUGCACCAACUGGUGCUCAACGCCACCGCCCAGCUGGCUUGCCUGCGCAUGGAAGCUGGCCAGACAGUAUUUGCUGGCUAUCCAGCCGAUCCAACUUACGCCGUCACUGAGGUUGUGGCAGCGUCAGUCAACGCCACCAACGGCCUUGCAACCUGCACCGUGACGCGCUCCGGCACGUACUUGCUUGCUGCCUUCACACGAGCCGCCGAUGCCAACACCACCUUCCAGGCCCCCAGCGGGUCCACUCCCCACGCCUUCCGCACCCAUUUUGCCGGCAUGGACUACGACGCCCUCAUGGCCAAUAUCACACGUCGCGACCAAUUUAAGAGCGACAUCCGCACCGCCGUGGCGCGCGCUGCAAGCCUUGUGGCGGCCAAUGUGGAGGUUGCCAACCUCACACGUGGCUCUGUGGUCGCCGAUGUUGUCGUGUACACUCCCAGCACCUGGACAUCCAACCAGAUCAACGACUUUGCCUCAAUGAUCACGAGCAACCCCUCUGCUGUUUUCAAUGCCGCCUUCCUGGCCGCAUACCCCGACAUCACCAGCAUUUCCGUCGUUGCCACGACAACCUUGCCGCCUCGCCAAGGGCUCACAAUGAACCAGAAGAUCGGCAUCGGUGUGGGUGUCGGCGUGGGAGUGCCGCUCGUGGCGGGCGCGGUUGGAUUUGCCGUGCUGCGACGCCGGCGCCGCAUGGCCGUCGAGCCUAGGGGCGCACUUGGCGGCAGCGCGGACCAGCUCGCCUGA